UCCGACCACUGGCAAGUGCAAGGCCUUGCGCUCUGCAACCUUAUGACCGUCGAGAACUAACAGCAAACCCUAGUGAUCAACAUCGGACAUCAGGAGGGAAAUACCCACAGGUAAACGCCACGCCACCACCGUGACGGUCAGUGCAACCGCGGCGUGAUUCUUGGUGCUCCUUGGUCCUGCUGUUUGCUGCACAUCAAAAUGACAUCCCCAACCCGAUCCACCGGCGAGCUAUUAUCCCUCAACAAGGACGUCCUCGAGGAGCUCGUAUCGUUCCUAGCAUCUCCAGAUGCUCUCCGUCUCUCAAUGACAGCGCGCGGCCUGCGCUCCAUCGCGAAGCGCCGCUCGCUCGCCGACAUCAGGCUACGCUCGACGGAGCGGGCGACGCUUUUCUGCAGGUACAUGCUCGCAGACAUCCCCGAUCGCUUGCGAUGGCUGCGCCGACUGGAAAUCCACCUCGGCACCUUCUACGAGGAGCGCAUUUCGCUCGCCAUCCCGGGGCUCGUGCGCGUGCUGGCCCACGCGCCCUCGCUCAAGUCGCUCACCUUCGACGACGCGGAGGUCAUGCUUGAAUCCGGCAUCCUCGCGGCGGCCGUGCGCAUGCUCACGACGCUGGAGGAACUCAAUCUGCGCAAGUACGGGCUCCUGGCCGUGUCCACGGUCCGCCGCCUGUGCAGCGACCUGCGCAAGCUCAGCCUUACCGGGAUGCUGCCCACCCGCCGUCACGUCGUCCUCACGACGCUCUUGUGCCCGCCCAAACACUCGGAGCAUAUCACAGACGACGACCAGGCGGCAGUGCGCUGGAAGUCGAUCCGCGAGCUCGAGCUCGAGGUGGCUUGUCCGACCCAUUCGAUACCCCACCAGGCGAUCGUCGACAGCUUCCCGAACCUCAUUCAUUUCCAGUUCAACGUCACGGACGUGCAGACGAACGCCGACAUACCAGAACCCGCUCUGACCCGCGCCGGAUGGCCACAUCUAGACUGGAUGGGGGGCACGCCCUUGUCGCUGGGCGGCUUCAAAGGGCCCGUCAAGUGCCUCCGGUUGACGGAGGAACGGCCAGGCAUCCUUCAUGAACAUGGAGGUGCGGUCGUGAAGGAUCUUGACCCGGUCAUGCUCUGCGUCGCGAUGCCUCCCGAGCCCGACAGCCAGGUCUGGAAACAAUUGGUCGAGCGGUCACAUCGACUGCGCUACCUGCGCAUUGAAUUGUCGAACUCUGGAGAGCAUGCGGCAGAGCUUGACGAAAUGAGGGCGUACGUGCCCGCCGCGCUAGGCGAUCUCGACAUCGUCUGCAUCGGCGUGGACAUCACAGACCUCCAAGGCGGAGUCGUCUUCUCACCUCUCGUAGAGUCACUUGCACUGCAGUUGGCACAGUGCAUCGACACCCUGCGGUACGUCUGCAUCCGGGCAGGCGCGGCCUCCGCCGACUACGAAUGGCACGGCAAGAUUACAUGGUGGAGAGUGAUUGGCUCCAACGAGGGUCGGCAGGUGAAGAACGUCACGACUGGCCUCGGCACAUACGUUGACAACUACCUCACUUCUGUCGACUUUGAGCAAACGCUAUCACUCGACGGUGAGUCCUCUGUCGGAGUCUGUACUGUCUGCGCUAAUCGGAGGCUGGAAUAUUGAUUACAGAUGCGCUUCUCUUUCCUGCUAGUUAGGUCACAGGGAAAAGCGGCAUCCGCUGUCCACGCACGCAGCCGGGCGUAGUCCACGCGGAGUAGGUUUUCCAGAAAGUAUAGGAACCCCGAAGUUAUGUUCAAUGUAUGAGAAUCGUCGGUCACUGCUUUUGUUUGUGUAUCUCGCGUCUCACGAUACCAUGCUGCCAUAUCACCCACUCUUGUCGCAUGCUCCACUUAACGACGAACGAUCUGCGUUGUAACGUAGUCGAAAUGUAAUGUAGCAAUGAACGAUACCAAGUACUGCGAAAAGAUGUACAUCCCCGUGCAUACGAGAGACCAAUGGGAUCCGGGAACCAACGCUCUCCCAUGAUCUGGUUA